AUGUCGCAGUCUAAAUACGAAGCCUAUAAGAUUAAGGAGGAGAGCGAGGAUAUUAAUUUAGAAGCCCGCGAGAUUCCUAAGUAUAUAUUCUAUAAAGUAUACGCCGAGAAUAUACCUAUAUUUCUUAACUUUUUAAUAUUCUUUUUACUAAUAGCCGCUAUAGAUAUAGCUUUUAGAGAUUAUAGUUUAGUAAAUAAGAUCCUAGAUACUAUCGAUACGUAUAAGAAAGUCGGUUAUUUAGAGGAUAAGAUCCUUAAGAUAAUUUAUAUCCGGGAAGAGAUAAGAAAUCUACUAAUUUUCCACUAA